GGGCGGCUGGUGACUGGGUCGUGUCACUAGACCGGCUUCUGAAUCCAGAGUGGUACACGACCGCUGGCGCCGAACUAGAUGGCAGAGAUGAGUCCUCUGGAUGUCACAGAUUCGCUGGCUUCAGGUUCAACAGACGCUCUCUGCAGCACUUUAGGGCAGAAAAACAAGUACUAUGUGGACGCAGAAAGAGCAGGUUCUGCCACAGUUACUGGAACCAAGCAAGGUGCCGUUUUAAGGAGACUUCCACAUCCUGGCAGCGGCAACAUGAACACCACCGACCCCGACUCCAACGUCGCCUUUACCUUCCAUGAGGAUCACCUCGCUGUCUCCGGCCUGACGACCGUCACCACCCCUCCCUCCGUCCUGCAGCCCUCGUCUCAUCCCGCGGACGUCCAUGACCCAGAGUUCACCAUCAUGCUGGUGCUGGGCUCAUCCCUGCUGCUGGCCGGGUUCGCGGCCUUCCUGGCCGUGUGCCGGCGCUCUGAACCGGAGGGGGACUUGGAGGGGAGCUGCGCCCCGGGGGAGAGGCUGACUCGUGGCAAAGGCUUGUCCACCGAGCCGCAGCUGAAGACGUGGAGGAGACUGGGCUCGUACCGGCGCUCCUACAACCUCUCCUUCAGACGGCCACCUUACCGCCGGCCCCCACAGCCGGAGAGGACGCGCGUGGCCCGGCCGGUGGCCUCACGGGCACCGGAGCCAGACGCCAGCACCGAGCCCCACAGCGCCACACCCUGUCUGUUUGACUAUGUCACUGAAAUCUGACAGCCUGACGAAUCACUGACUGGAGUAAAAGCAAUUCCUCAAAGCGGCCGUUGUACAUUUCUUAUACGCAUCUGUUGCAAGAUCGUCUUAAACAGGCGUGGAUUUGGUGAAUGCUGCAAAAGUACUUUUUUUUUACUAGGAACUCAAGCAGCGAAUGGGGAGAGAAAACGGACGAUUUCAAGACAUUUCUGUGCAGCAUGGAUGAAAGCCGGUCUGAUCAGGCUGUAAAACAGAACAAUAAUAAUAAUAAAAGCAUCCCAGGUGUCCUCCCUGCUAACAGCAUUUUGGUUUAGCUGGUCUGGUUCUGUAGAAGUUAGCUUCACAUUUGCACUAAUCAUAUCCACUAACAAAAACAUUUGGAAAUUCAUAGUUUUUAAUGAAAAUCGGGAUGCACCAAUGAUGCUUUAUGGUAAAUAUGAGUAAAAAUGAAACAAGUUCUAAUAAAUGCAGCUUUUCUAACAGGAGUGUCACAAUGGAAAUUCAACCUCUAAGUUGAGCGCGUUCGUCCGGUGGCCCCUGCUGCCAUAACUUGGUACGCCUCUCUUUAGCUACAGCAGCUCUGGAAAAUGCUACAAGGUUGGAGCCCACAGAGAGAGUGACCUUUGACCUUUCUUCUGAGCACGAUCUCCCAGGCCCAC